CAUGUGUUUCGUCAGAUGAUAAAAUUUGAUUCAAUUCUCACGUUAACCGAUUUAGGUGAACUGCAAUUACUCAACUAGCAGAUACCGAAUGCUUUUUGUUCCGAUUGGAUAUACUUUUGGAGCAGGUAUUUUUAAAAUGGAUUCGAUAAGAGGUGGCUCUCUGUACGGUGCUGAAGUUUAUGCAGGUGAUGGAACAAGGGAACGGUAAUAAGAGGAAAAGGAAGGUGUUGGAUAAUGAUAGCCAGUCUCUUCUGCAGCUUGCUUUUGAUGUUGUCAAGGAUAUUACCGGAUUCGGAGGAUUUGCAGAAUGGCUUGGCAAUUCUUUAUCGGAAAAGGCAACAACUGCUGAAGAAUGAAAAUCACGACAACCGUAAAUCCACAAAGCAAACAAAGUCACCUGACAUUUUCUCCCGGGUAGAUCUUCAUGUCAGGACUUGGAGUAUAUGUGUGAAGAAUUAUUGGAGGCUGCCGAAAUAUUUUGUCGCGCCACCAAAUGGCUACCUGAAUGACGGAGCUGCGAUGCGAAAUAGGCAAUGGCGGAAAUGCGUGGCUUCUAAACUGACUGGGUGA